CGGUUUGUUCGCGGUGCGGUUGUGUUUUUGAGCUGCUGCGGCGGCAGCGAACGUUUUUCGCCGUUUUGCCUUGCCAGGCCGGUUUCGAAUUUGAUUGAAAAAAUUUGUUAUUUGUCAGCUAUGCAAAAUUUUCUAAACACACACACACACAAGCGCCAAAAGAAGAGGCAACGAACUCGUGCAGCGACGCCCAAGAAUGGAACAGAGCAAGGCAACAUGAAAAUUACAGCAACAACGAACUCUGAAAAGAAGUAGAGAAGAAGAAGACAAGACGCCGUGCCGAUGCAGAUGCCGAUUGCCCCAACAGUACAACAGUAUUUUAUUAGCGAGUGUUGUUGUCAUAUACACAUGCGCCCCAUGAACUGAACUUUUAUGUUCAAACAUCAGCAUAUGUAGAGCUCAAGCCACACAAUUCAAAAGUCGACGCUGACGACGCUCUUUAGCGGAGCGGAGAAUAUACAUUUUAAUUUAUUUUGUGAUAGUUUCUAGUUUAUUUGUAAGCUUUAAAGAAACCAAACAACGAUUGCAAGCCAAAAAGAAAACCAAUAUCGAAAUAUCCAAAAAAUCCGGAAACGAAACGAAUCGAAACACAAGCUACAAAUUGUAAUAAUAAUGAUGCAUUCCACAAGCACAAUUGGUGUGAAGACGAUCUACAAUAUGGGAAGACCGUAUUUGCUGGCCUUGCUGUUGAUCGGCUGCCUGGCAUAUCCGGCCUGCAUUGAGGCCUGCUCCAGCCGCACGGUGCCCAAGCCGCGUCCUUCCAUAUCGUCGUCCAUGUCGGGAACAGCAUUGCCGCCCAGUCAGGCCCCAGCAACCACAACCACUGUGCGCACCACAACGACGACCCCCAGGCCCAACAUAACAUUCCCCACGUACAAGUGCCCAGAGACAUUUGAUGCCUGGUACUGCCUGAACGAUGCCCAUUGCUUUGCCGUGAAGAUCGGCGAUCUUCCGGUAUACAGCUGCGAGUGCGCUAUCGGAUUCAUGGGUCAGCGGUGCGAGUACAAGGAAAUCGACGGGUCCUAUCUGCCCAAGCGUCCGCGUCCCAUGCUCGAGAAGGCCAGCAUUGCGAGUGGUGCGAUGUGUGCACUGGUCUUUAUGCUGUUCGUAUGCCUCGCAUUCUACCUCCGAUUCGAGCAGCGCGCUGCCAAGAAGGCCUACGAGCUGGAACAGGAGCAGGAGGAGGAUAAUGAGUAUGAUCAAUGCGAUGAUCCGAAUCAAUGCGAGUGCUGCCGCAAUCAAUGCUGUGCUGCCGGCGACGAGCCUCUCGUCCAGGAACGCAAGUUGCCCUAUCACAUGCGGCUGGAGCAUGCCCUUAUGUCGUUUGCCGUACGGCGCACCACAAAAUUGUGAAUGAAUUGGACACGGACAGGAAUAUGCCUUGGGUAACAGAAAAACUGUUCCAUUCAACGAAUUUUAAAUGUGCUUUAGUCAAAAGUCCAAAUUCCUAUUUACUAAUUGUUAAUUGUAAGCUGUCCACAUGCUGUCCACAGUUCACAGUGAAAAAGAUCUUGUCUACUAUAGAAGAUAAUUCCACUUUCUCAAUCCAGACAAAUGCCUACUAGAGCAAGCCUUUGUAUUAUCAAAUCGAAUGUAUUUUACGCUACUUACGCUGGCUAUUUAUUUUAUCCUGAUAUACGUAUCCACACACACACACACACAAACAAUGAAAAACACGCGCCAAGUAUUAUUUAUUGCGAGGAAGAAAUAUAUAUAUUAUUUAAACAAAAUCUGAAUAAACAUAAGAAACUGCACGAUGCAAAUGAA